AUGGCUGCGGUCAUCGGACCGAUCUACACCACUUCCCAUGGGCGGCCCAUUACGACGCCAACGGCCAGCCAAAGUAUCGGCGCUCGUGGACCCAUCUUGCUCCAAGACGUACACCUCAUCGAUCUCCUUGCCCAUUUCGACCGUGAGAGGAUCCCCGAGCGAGUAGUGCAUGCCAAAGGAGCUGGGGCGUUCGGCGAGUUUGUCGUCACUCACGAUGUCACCGAUAUCACUUCGGCCGAUCUUUUUAGCGAGGUUGGCAGAAAAACACCUGUCGCAGCUCGCUUCUCGACCGUAGGCGGCGAGAAAGGCUCUGCGGAUGCUGCAAGAGAUCCACGCGGCUUCGCUAUCAAGUUCUACACCGAGGAGGGCAACUGGGAUAUGGUCGGCAAUAAUACUCCUAUCUUCUUCAUCAGGGAUGGCGUCAAGUUCCCAACCUUCAUCCAUACCCAAAAACGGAACCCUGUCACGAAUCUGAAGGAUGCCACAAUUUUCUGGGACUUUCUUUCCAGCAACCAGGAGUCUAUCCAUCAGGUCAUGUACCUUUUCUCCGAUCGAGGAACGCCCACCGAUUAUCGGCACCAGAACACUUACUCUGGACACACUUUCAAGUUCACUAAAGCGGACGGCUCGUUCAAAUAUGUCAAGCUUCACUUCCUCUCCAGGCAAGGCUGCAAGGAUAUGACCAAUGAAGAAGCCGCCGAAGCCGCGACCAACCCCGACCACGCAACAGAGGAUCUUUACAAUGCUAUCGAGCGUGGCGACUACCCAUCCUGGGAUCUCAAGGUCCAAGUCAUGGACCCGGAGGACGCCGAGAGCUACCGGUGGAAUAUCUUCGAUGUUACCAAGGUCUGGCCGCAUUCCGACUAUCCGCUCCGUCCUGUUGGGACACUGACGCUCAACCGCAAUGCGACGAAUUACUUCGCCGAGAUAGAACAGCUCGCCUUCGCACCUUCGCACCUGAUUCCUGGGAUUGAGCCCACAGCAGAUCCGAUGUUGCAAGCCCGGUUGUUCUCAUAUGCCGACUCCCAGCGCCACCGACUCGGCGUCAACUACCAGCAGAUUCCUGUCAAUCGGCCUCUCCAUCCAGGAGCAUACUGGCAGCGUGACGGCUUUAUGAGCGUACAGGGGAACUACGGUGCUGCGCCCAAUUACCCGUCAACGAUCAAGCCGAAUACCUACAAGCCUGUCGACGCGAAUCAAACGCAUGAGCUCUGGUCAGGCCAGGCUGUCUGGAAUCUGCAGGAGGUCACAGAUGAGGACUUUGUGCAGGCGAGAUGGUUCUGGGAGAUGCUGGGAAAGAAGGGUGAUGGCGAAGGCCAGAAAUUGCAACAGAAUUUGGUUGGAAACAUCGCCAGUCAUCUGUACUCCGCCAAGCAGGAUAUCCGGGAGAGAUGCUACGCUAUGUUCGGCCGCGUUGAACCAGAUCUGGGCCAGAGGCUUCGUUUGGCAACAGAAGAGCGGGUGCAGAGUGCUCCUGCGGUGGACAGCCACUGA